UAUCACUCCCACCAAACCCAAUAUACUAUUUCUCUUCCCUAACAAAAGAAAAGAACACAGAAAGAAAGUUCAAAUAUUAAAGCACUUUCCUCUCCUCUUCCUUCUUCUAUCAGAGACACAACAACAACAAAAGAAACCAAAGAAACAAGCAGAAGUUUUAUCAAUGGAGGGUUUGAUUCCUUUGGUCUAUAAGGCACUAAAGAAGAGCAGAACUCGCGGACAAUAUGAGUGUUUAUCUUCUGGUUCUGCUCUUGCUUAUAUCAAUGAAGCAGAAAUUUUCUUGAAACCUUCAUCUGAGAAUCAGAGAGGAAAUAGUAAUAAUGCAGGAAGGAAGAAACUGCAUAGAAGAUACAGUUCUGUUGAAGAUUUAUCGAUGUCAGUGGCAAGUCCCUAUUCUCCUCCUCAAAAGCAGCUUGUGAGGUUUAGAAGCCAUAGAAUGUUUUCUUGUGUUACAGGAAAUUAGAAGAAGGCGAUACAGUUUAAUACUGUAAUCCAGAACUGUCAGGUUACAAGUUCGAAUGGCAAUUAGAGCUUAAUUUGAAAAAAAAAAAAAAAAAGAAAGGUAUUGUCUUUUUGGGUUAGGAUCAAAUCUGUGUUCUUCAUACAGAUGUGAUGUUUGUUUUGAUUUUCAUGUAAUCAAAAGAAUGUAGAAAACAAGGAUGCUGAUGAGCUUAAUCCCAAUUUGGCAUUUUUGUUUUUAAUUUCGUUAUGUCAGUUUUAAAGUCCAAGCUGUAAAUAGUUGUUUUCUAAUUUCUCUAGUGCAUUUUCUUUCAUUAAUGAUAAAUUUUUCUUGCUUUU